UUAGUUCUUAGAAUCAAAGUGGUGCAAUAUGCAUAUAAGCAUAUAAUAAACAGUGUCAAGUUAAAGGAUUUUAAAAAUAUUUCAUACUUUUGUGAAACAAGAAAUAAUUGUGUAAACAUCAGUAUAGAAAAGAAAAAGUAAACAUUCCGAGCUUUAUUUUCCUACUUCCCAUCGUACGAUUCGUUUGUGUUUUCAUCUAUCAGGUGGUUUUUCUUCGAGCUACAGUGAUUUAAUAUUCAUGGAAAUAGAAAUUUUGAAUUAAUAAUGGAGAAAAGUGAAAUUAAAUUGGACAGAAGCAAUGGCAAGUCAGUGUUUCGGAGAUUCCUACAUCCUGGUCCGAUUCUAACAAUAUGUAUUAUUAAGUCGAUAACACUUCAAACGCUCUACCUCAAUUCAAUGUGGUUUCCAUCACAUACAUCAUUUUAUGCAUUCCUCAAUCAAGCAUUAUUCAUCACAUUUUCAGCUUUAACGUCCUUCAAUUUUGCCAUGACUGCGAUAAUUGGUCCAUCGUACUUACCGAUUGGUUGGAAACCAAAAAAUAGGAAACAUGAGAGUUACCUGCAAAUGUGUUCAAUUUGCCCCGAUACAUUUAAAGCACCCCGAGCACAUCAUUGCCGGAAAUGUGAGAGAUGUGUCGUCAAAAUGGAUCAUCACUGCCCAUAUGUUGCAAAUUGCAUUGGCCACAGCAAUCAAUCACAUUUCAUUUGGUUCCUAUUCUUAGCUGUCGUCGGAUGCUCUCAUGCUGCUGUGAUUUUAAUUUGUUCACUUUAUGCUGGACUUUAUCGUGACUAUUACAUUUAUCAUCAAGAAUAUGACAAAGCAAAUGUAAAGCUUACAACUUGGAGCUUAAUCUUAACAAUAUUCAAUAUAGGAUUAAGUGUGGGCGUUGUUAUAGCUGUCGGAAUGUUACUUUUCUUUCAAUUGCGUGCCGUACUUAGAAACCGAACAGGAAUUGAGGAUUGGAUUCUCGAUAAGGCAAUUUAUAGGCGUCAGGCAAUGGCUCGAAUUGCACGUGAAAAUGGUAACACAAAUUUCCAAACAAAACCAUUUGUCUACCCAUAUCAUUUGGGACUGAGAAAGAAUGCAGCACAAGUACUCAAUUUUUCUUGCCUUCCUAUUGGCGAUGGAAUUAAUUGGCCUGUAGUUGAUGGAUGCGAUCAAUAUACACUCACACGUGAGCAACUUGCACAAAAGGCAGAAAAAAGGAUGCGAACGAGACGUUAUCAAAUAGUUUCAAAAGUUACUGGAAGUUGGUUCCCAUUAUUCUCACAUGGCUUUAAAGUUUGUAUUCAUCCUCCAUUUACUGACGAGCCACGAAUUAAAUUAGAUCCAGAUGAUCUUGUGAAUGUCACUCGAUGGAGAAAGUAUUGGCUGUUUGGUGAAAAAAUUCAAGAGCCUUCAGAAUCAACUCCUAUAGUACAGAAUGGCAAGACAAAAGAAGAAAAGCUUGACACAAAACCGAAACGUGUGCGUGGAUGGUUUCCAAGAAAAGCGGCUAUUGAAUUUUUCGAGGACAAUGACAGUGAUAAUAGUGAUGAUGAUUAUGAAGACAAUGUGGUGGUGGAGAAAAAGAACAAAUAAUUGUAAUGGAUAUCAACAGCUUUUACGUGAUUUGUAUGUAGUCUUUUCAUCACAUAACACUUUAUUCCUUUUUUAAGAGCAUUAAAAGCAUGAUAAAUUCACAUCUUUUAAAUAACAAAUAUUUAGGAGUAUAAAUAACAUAGGAUCAAAAAAUAAAGAUUAA